GCGGCGUGUGGCAACCAGGGGGCAGGCGCGUCACGCGCGCGAUGUGAAGGAGAUUGCCCAGGAGUUGCACGCCAUCAUUGAAGAGCUGGCCCUGGAUGAUGCGCUCAUACCACCCCGACGGCAUGCAGAUGAGCUGGCGUAUCAUCCACAUGAUGACUGGUCCAGGCGCGCCGAGGCCUACAGAGCCUACGGCGCGGAGGCGCAUCCACUGGAGAGGCCAGCGCGGCCCUAUCGAAGCCGAAGCUUGGUCCCUGCUCCGCUUCCCGCGUUGGAUCCCAGGCUGUCAAGGCUCGAAGAGGAGCUGCAGGCAGAAACGCAACGAAAGGAGGCCCUUUUAGCCGCCCGGCGGCAGCAGGACCUGGAGCUCGAGGAGCUGCGCCGGAGGCACCAUGAGCUGGAGAGGAAGGCCGCAGAGCUGCAUCAGCAUCAGCAGAUGCAGCAGCAGAAGCACCUGCAACCGCAGGAGGAGUUGCUGGAGGGCGGAAGCGCCACUACGCAAAGGCCUGCCGAAGCAGCAAAGGAAGACUUACCUCACGCGGCACCUAAUCCGCCGGGCGACGAUGGCUUGCGCACGGUCCUGCGCAAAGCAGGGUUGCAGCCUGCACCAGAGAUGGGCGAGGACAUGUUUGUUGCCAGCCUGCAACAGCUGCGGGUGCUCCUGAACAUCCACGGUACCAGGGCAAGCGGGCCGGAGCUUGCCAAAAUGCAGGCCUUGCAUAGAUAUGUAGAGCAGCUGGAGAUGGACUUGGACCAAAAGGAAGAAUCGCUUCUGAAAGAUCGAAGCCUUCUGGAGCAGGAAAGGCAGCUGCGCGAGAAGGCCGAGAAGGAAGCAGAGUCCUUGCGCCACCAACGCCAUCAGGCUCCUUCAAGGGACCCGGCGCUGGAAGCGGCGCAGGAGAAGCUUCAAGCAGAGGUGUCUCGCCUCAGUGCGGAACUGGACCAAGCCAAGCAAUCUUUCGAGGCUGCCAAGCGAGAAGCGGCACAGCAAGCGCAGCUUGCUGAGGAAGCGCGCCAGCAGAUUGUCGAAUAUGCGCAGAAGGCAGAGGCUGCCCAAGAAGAAGCGUCGCAGCAAGCGCAGCUCAUUGAGGAAGCCCGACAGCAGGCUCUCGCACAGGCACAGCGCGCAGAGGCCGCAGAGACGAAACUCCUCGGUCUCGUGGAGCGCAUCCGUGGUGCUGCCACAGGGGCCCGGAGGGUGUCCGCUGUGUGA